AUGCGGGCCGCCAUCCGCCGCACGGCGCUGCUGCGAGCCGGGCUGGGGGAGCUGGUGGCGCGGGAACCGCAACGAGAAGAGGUCGUGGUGGGGCGGGAGAAGCAGGGGGGGGGGAAGGAGGGGAGGGAGAUGCAAAGGGAUGGAAGGGAGGAGGAGGAGGAGGGGGAGAGGGAAGGAAGGGACAACGAGGGGAGGGGGCGUGGGGUGGGUCGAGUGGGAGGGAUGGUAGGGCUGUUGGCGAAGGAGAUCCGCAGUGUGGAGGGAGAAGGGGGGAGAGGGGAGGGUGCGGAUGGGAGUGUGGCAGGACGGGCAGAGGGGCAGAAAAAGGGAACACACGAUAAGGGCCAGGAGCAGCAGCAGGAGCAGAAUAGGCGCGUGACUCGAAGUCGCAGCUUGCAUGCCAUCAUGUCGAGCCAGGAAGGAAACCUGUCCGUCAUUGCGGUGCCUGACAACGGAGGCCCUUUGAAGCAGAGCAGGGCUGGUGGGAAGAGGGAGAGGCUCGUGCAAACGGUGUUAGCGGAGGGCGGGAAGGAGGAGGAGAGGGAGGAGGGGGAUGUGGUGGAGGUGACAGCGGCGGUGGGGAAGAGGGGCCGGGUGGGACCGGCGGGGAAUGGCGGCAAGGGGUGGGCGGAUGGGGGUGGGAAAGAAGAGAGGGAUGGGCAUAGCGGACAUGUUUCUCGGAGCUGGUUGUCUGACUUGCUGGAUGAGGUUGAUAUGGAGGAGGCUAUGGCGGAGGCAUUGGAGGAGGCAUUGGAGGAGGGGAGAGGAGGGAAGGGAGGAGUGGAGGAAAUAGGAGGGAAGGGAGGGGAGGAGGGAAAAGGAGGAACGGGAAGGGAAGAGGGAGAAGGAGGGAAAGGACGGGAGGUGGAGAAAGGAGGGAAGGGAGGGGAGGAGGAGAAUAGGGGAAAGGGACGAAUAGAGGCAAAAGGAGGGAAGGGAGAGGAGGAGGAGGAAGGAGGGAAGGGAGGGGAGCAGGAGAAAGGAAGAAAGGGAGGGGAGGAGGAGAAAGGAGGGAAGGGAGGGGAGAGGAUGGUGAAACAGAAAGAAGAGAAGAAUGAAGAGGGGAUGGAGGAGAAGAGUCAGAGGAAGGCGGGGAGGACGGAAAAGGAGGCGGCGGUGGAAGAGAAAGGGAACUUGAGGAGUGAGGGGGAGGCAGGGAGGAGAGGCGACGGUCAGUGGGGGGAGGGAAGGAGGAAGGUGGAAGGGGUUCGAAUGGGAGAGAAGAUGGAGGAGGGGAAGGGGGGCAAACAGAUGAGGUGUGUGAAGGAAGUGAGUAACACAGAGGUGGAGGAGGUGGGCAGUCUAGAGGAAAGAGGAGUGAAGGAACUGGGGAGGAGCGUACGAGAUGUAUGUGGAGAGGGGGAGGAAGUGAAGGAGGAGGGGCGUAUGGAAGAGCUGGGGUUGAGGGCUGGCGAGCAGGAGCGGGUGCCAAGGGGACACAGCAGAGAGGAGGAGAUGGGGGAGGAGGGAGGACAGCAAGUGACAGGCGAGGCGCAGGGAGAAAGCGGAAGAUGUAAGGAGUUGUCUAAGGUUCGAGUUAAUGCAGGGCAUGAGGUGGCAUGUGGGGAGCAUGAGCUGGCAUGUGAAGGGCAUGAGCUGGCACGUUAUGUGUUGAUGAGUGAUUCACCCGACGAUGAUGAUGACGCUGCUGCUGCUCUUCCUCCUCCGCCUCCUCCUGUUGCCGCUGCUUCGGCUGCCACUGCUGCUGCUGACGAUCACAAUGGUGGUAAUGGCUUUGCUGCUAGCAAGGCGUGUGGUGGCACCGGUGUUACUGCUUACAAGCGGCGUGGUGGGCUGGGGGGCGAACAUGCUGCUGUAGCAAGGAAGCCUGGUGAGGGUGGGAAGGCAUGUGGUGGUGGUGGUGUGGCUGCUACUGCUGCGGUUGCUAGUGACGAUGGCAAAGGUGGUAACGGCGCUGCUGCUAGCAAGGCGUGUGGUGGCAGCAGUGUGAUUGCUGCUAGCACCGGUGCUAUUGCUUACAAGCGGCAUGGUGGGCUGGGGGGCGAGCACGCUGCUGCUAGCAACGGUCGUGUUGCUGUAGCAAGGAAGCAUGAUGAAGCAGGAAGGGAGGAAGAGGAACCCGAGGGAAAGAAGCAACGGGAAGAGGAAAGAGAACAGAGGGAAGAGGAGGAGGGUGUAGCAGGUGCAGUUUGCAACAGUGACUCGCUGCUAGGUGGAGCUGAUAAGGACGAUGGGGGAGAGGGAGGGGAAGAGGGUGAUGGGGAAAGUAAGGGCGGGCAAGGGGGUGGAGGGGUGUGUGAGAGCAGUGAGGGCGGUAAGUGGGAUGAUGCGUCUGUGGUUUGCAUCAGCGACUCUCCAGAGGAGCAGGCGGACGAGGAGGGGGGAGAGGGAGAGGAGGAGGGAGAGGAGGAGGAAGAGGAGGGAGAGGGGGAGCAAGAGGAGGGGAGGGGUCAAGAGGAGGAGGAGGACGAGGAGAAGGAGGGGGGGGAGUUGGAGGAGGAGGAGGAGGAGGACGAGGAGAAGGAGGGGGGGGAGUUGGAGGAGGAGGAGGAGGAGGAGGAGGAGGAGGAGGAGGAGGAGGAGGAGGAGGAGGAGGAGGAGGAGGAGGAGGAGGAGGAGGAGGAGGAGGAGGAGGAGGAGGAGGGGAAGGGGGCGAAGGCAAAGGGGAUUGGUGGUAGGGAUCAGCAGCAUGCUGAUUCGGGCACCGCUUCAGGUGCCGCUUCAGGUGCCGCCGCAGCCAAGGGAGCAAGUAGCAAUGCUGAAGCUGCUGCUACCGUCAGACGGGGAGGUAGGAGAGAAGGGAUGAGAGAAGGGAUGAGAGAAGGGAUGAGAGAAGGGAGGAGAGAAGGGAGGAGAGAAGGGAUGAGAGAAGGGAUGAGAGAAGGGAUGAGAGAAGGGAUGAGAGAAGGGAUGAGAGAAGGGAUGAGAGAAGGGACGAGAGAAGGGACAAGAGAAGGGACGAGAGAAGGGACAAGAGAAGGGACGACAGAAGGGGCGAGAGAAGGGACAAAAGAAGGGACGACAGAAGGGGCGAGAGAAGGGACAAAAGAAGGGACGAGAGAAAGAAGGAGAGAAGGGAAACGGUUGAAGAUGAAUCAGGAGGCAGAUGAAGCCGGCAGGGCGGAAGAGGAACCCGAGGGAAAGAAGCAACGGGAAGAGGAGAGAGAACAGAGGGAAGAGGAGGGAGAAAAGAGGGAAGAGGAGGAGGGUAUGGCAGGUGCAGCUUGCGGCACUGACUCACGGCUGGCACAUAGUGCAGCUGAUAAGGGCGAUGGGGUGGAGGGGGGAGAGGGAGGGGAAGAGGGUGAUGGGGAAAGUGAGGGCGGGCGAGGGGGUGGAGGGGUGUGUGGGAGCAGUGAGGGCGGUAAGUGGGAUGAUGCGUCUGUAGUUUGCAUCAGUGACUCUCCUGAGGAGCAGGCGGAGGAGGAGUGGGAGGAGCAGGAGGAGGGGAAGGAGGAGGAGGAGCAGGAGGAAGAGGAGGAGCAGGAGGAGGGAAAUGAGGAGGAGCAGGAGAAAGAGGGGAAGGAGCAGGAGGAGGAGGAAGAAGAGCAGGAGGAGAAGGCGGGGAAGGAGAAAGGGAAGGUGGUAGGGAAGGAGGAGGGGAAGGAGAAGGGGAGGGAGGAGCGGAGGGGGAAGCGGAAGGGGGUCGGUGGUAGGGACCGGCAGGCUAAGGUACCUAAGGGAGCUGAAGGGGUACCUAGGGCACGGGGGGAACCUAGGGGAACAAGAUUCGUGAGGAAAAAGGGGCACGAUGGGGAGGAUGGGAAGGGCAGCAGAGAGGCAAGGCGUAAGGGAGGAAGGAUUGAGGUUCCGAAGGGAGUGGGGCGGGCAGGAGGACGAGCAAGGAGGCGGGGUAGAAUGCAGGAGGGCGAUGAAGACGUGGAAAUAGUUGGCAUGGGUAUGAGUGGGAGGAUGGGUGGGCGCACUGCUGGGAAGGAGUUAGAUGAGGAUUGCGAUGUGGUGGGCUGCAAGGGGAGGAGGGAGGAUGGAGCGAGGGAGGGGACAGGUGCUGAGAUUUUUUAUGAGGAAGGGGAGGAUGAGAUGGAAGUGGAGGAAGUGGGAAAGGAGGUUAAGGGAAUAACAGGGCAGGGGCAGGGAUGGAAGGGUGGAGAGCGGGAGAGGGCGGAUGCGGGGGCCAUAGUGAGGGGGGUGGAUGCAACAGAGAGGAAGGGGGCGCCGACUCGCUUGGCAGGGCAGCUUGGGAAGGGAGUGGGUUGCAUGGGCGCAGGAGAGGGGGGGUGUGAUGUGGGUGUGGUGGAUGGGGUGAGUGGAACGAGUGUGGGGGAGGAAUCGGAGGACGAGGAAGGUGAAGUGAGAGAGGGUGAGGAAGAGGAGGAGGUUAAAGAAGUGGUGUCAGAGAAAGGGGAGAGAGGGGAAAGUGCCCAAGAGGAGGUGGAAGAAGCAGAGGAUGAUGAGGAGCUGGGGGGACGGGAUGAGUGGAGGGAAGAGGAGAGCGAGGAGGAGAUGGGAGAGGAGAGAGAGGAGGGAGACGAGGGAGAAGAGCAAGAGGAGGGUGAGAAGGGAGAGGAGGGAGAGGAGCGAGAGGAGGGAGAGGAGGGAGGGCAAAGAAAGGAGGGAGAGAAGGGAGAGAAGAGAGGGAUGAGAGGAAUGAAAAGAGGGUGGGUGGAGGGUGGCAAGGAGAGCACGUGUGUGGUUCAGAGUGGGGCUUACAAUGGGCAGGCGAAGCACAGGGAGGUGAGGGCGAUGGAGCAGCGGAAAUGCCACCAUGCUGAACGGGCAUCCGUGCAGCGCAUGCAGGCAGGGGCACAUGGGGCAAGGCAGACCGUGUGCCAAGGGGAGGAGGCGCAGGGAGGGGAGGAAGGACGGGGAGGAGAGGAGGGGCGGGGAGAAGGGGAGGAGGGGCGGGGAGAAGGGGAGGCGAAGGCAAGUGGAGAUGUGGUGGAGGUGGCAAGCACACAUGCGAUUACCCUCAGCAGUAGUAGUGACGACAGUGAUGGGCGCGCGGGGCGUGGGGAGCGUGAGGAGAGUGAGGAGGCAGUGGCGAGCCAAGAGAGCAGAGGAGAGCACGGCAGCAGCUGCAGCUCUGACUCCGAAUCUUCGAGGGAUGAACGGAGAGUGGGGGACGACAGGAGGUGUAGGGUGGUGGAAGGGAGGGAGGAAGAGGGUAGGAGCGGCAGGGAGGAAGGGAGGCAUGUGACAAGUCCAAAGGAGAGGUGGAGACGUGAGAAGCAGGGCAAAGGCAUGGCAGCGGGAGGUAUUGCCAGGCGGAGAAAGGUGCAACAGCUACAGCAGCAGCAGUUGAGGGAGAGGGAGCUGAGGGAGAUGCAGGGAAAGAGAAAGCGAGUGCGCUCACAGGGAGGGUCGCAGCUGCUCUUGUCACCUCGUGAAUUUCAGUCCCCUUCGCUUGUAUCCUUUGGCAUGCAGUCGCUCUCCCUUCAAUCACCUGCGCCUGUGCACGUGUCACACCCUGUACAGUCACAUGUACCCAGUGAUCACCCCUCUCACCCCCCUCACCCCUUGCACCCUCCUCUCUCUUCUCACCCCGCGCAUCGCCCUCACCCCACUGCUGCUACGUCGGAGCCGCGGCGGUCGUCACGGGUGAGCAAGAGGGACGAGCAGAAGCAGCAGCGGCUGGCAGAGAGGCGGCGAGAAAUGGGCGAGGAUGUGAGGAAGCGGCUGGACGACCUGCUGGAGCGAGAGAGUGACAGAGACCUCACCUUCCUCUCGCCAACCACCCCGUCUCUCGUCGCCAUGGCGCACGGCGGCCCGCGUUCCGCCCUUCAAGCUGGCCUCGCCGCGGUCCUUGCUGGCCUCGUGUCUCUCGCACUCGUCGCGGAAACUAGCGCCUCGACGCAGUACGACACGAUUAUAAAAUUCCAGGGGAAGGCAUUGACUGACUCCGCUCGCUUUUUUUUCUACAAUAGUCCGUGCAAAAAUGUCGCGUGGCGGUACGACACGUUGACCCCAAUCAACGCGAGCAUCCAGUGGGGCAACGUGGCGAACGUCAACCAGCUAAAUCUCAAGUGCAGCAGCAUCGCCUUCCACCCCGUCACGGACUGCAAGGGGGAUUCUUACGUGACGUACCAGCGCCCUCAGCCCAUCACCUCCAAGUCCUUCACCAACUGGACCCUCGCGACAGGCAAGGACUUGCCAGCGUCGAUGAAAUGCUGGACGGGCUGCGAGCGCUGCGGGACAGCGAUGUGCGCGUUGGUGGACGGCAAGAAGGAGUGUGUGUGCCCCACGUCCCAAGUCUUUGACGCCACUGCAAUGCAGUGCCGUGCGCUUUGA